AUGGCGGAGCAGCCCCAUGGUGGGCCCUUCACCAGAGAACACCUUCCAGUGGUUUGCCAAGAGUCAGCCAAGCCCAGGGAAGUGGCCAAGGUGGCCUGGGAGAAUUACCGCAUUCCAUAUGACAAUUACACAGUGAAAGUUUUUGGACCAAUUGUUGGACUUGGGGGCGGGGGGACAAAUGGGGUGCAGCGAUUAUGCAGUGAAUUAUGA